AUGUCUAAUAAAAAUGACAAUUCAAAUGAAUGGAUUAACUGGAUUGAAGAAGGUCUUUCUAAAAAACUUAUUAAAUAUUAUGAAUUUGAGCAAUUUUAUAAUCUUCAAGAAGUUGGUUCCGGAGGUUUUGGAAAAGUUCAACGUGCAAAUUGGAAAAAUUCUCAUAAAUAUUAUGCAUUAAAAUCAUUUUCUACUUUCAACGAUACUACAAUUAAAGAGAUUGUUCAUGAGCAUUCUAAAAAUGUGCUGGUCCAUCAAAAUACUAUUAAAUUGGCUGAUUUUGGACUAUCAAAAAGAAUUGAAGAUUCAUCCAACUUUCAAUCAAAAGUAUUUGGAAUGGUUGCUUAUAUUGACCCAAAAAUAUUUAAUAGAGGAAGAAAUAACAAUAAUGAACAAAUAAAAGUAUAUUCAUUAAAUGAGAAAAGUGAUAUUUAUAGUACUGGUGUACUGUUAUGGGAAAUAUCCAGUGGCCAACCGCCUUUUAAUGAUGAAUUAAAUGAUAUUGGCUUGGCUAUGGAGAUUUUUAAAGGCUAUAGAGAAAAACCUAUUCCUGAUACACCUAAAGAAUAUAUACAUCUUUAUACUGGUAAAUACAAUUUAAACUUAUAA